AUGUCCUAUAGCAACAAAGAAAUCUCUUCUUUAAUCGUUGAUUUCCUAAACAACGCCAUUAGCCAAAAGGCCGUUUCAGAUGACAAUGCUGAUUCUCUGAACGUUGCCAUUGACUGUAUCACUGAAGCAUUUGAAUUUGACAGAGACGAUGUUAAAUCUAUUAUUGAUUCCAAAUUUAACGGUAAAUCGUUGGCUGAGCUUCUAGCUUCUGGUUCAAACUCAACUGAUUCAGGUAAUGCCCAAAAUGUUAAAGUUAACAUUCCUGCUGAAGAUGCUGAAAUCAAAACCAAGGCUGAAUCCCUUAAAUUGGAAGGUAACAAAGCCAUGGCUGGUAGGGAUUUCUCAUUAGCUAUUGAAAAAUACAGUGAAGCUAUUCAAACAUUACCAACUAAUGCUAUCUAUUAUGCUAACAGAGCUGCUGCCCAUUCUUCUUUAAAGCAAUAUAAUGAAGCUAUUCAAGAUGCCGAAGAAGCUAUUAAGAUCGACCCUGCUUACUCUAAGGGUUACUCUAGACUUGGUUUUGCCAAAUACGCUCAAGGGAAACCAGAAGAAGCACUAGAAGCUUACAAACAAGUAUUAGAUAUUGAAGGUGAUAAGGCCACCGAUGUAAUGAAGAGAGAUUAUGAAACAGCCAAGAAGAAGGUUGAACAAUCCUUGAAUCUAGAAAAGACAACACAAGUUGAAACAACCGAAAAUAGAGAUGCUCCAGAGGCUACUUCUGACAAUGCUGAAGGUGCUGCUAACCCAUUCGCUGGUGGUAUGCCAGAUAUGGCUUCAAUGCUAGGUGGUGGUCUAGGUGGUGGUCUAGGUGGUUUAUUAAACAACCCACAAUUAAUGCAAGCAGCACAACAAAUGAUGAGUGAUCCAAAUGCUAUGCAAAAAGUACAAUCUAUGAUGCAAAACCCUGCCGUUAGACAAAUGGCAGAAAAUUUCUCCGGUGGUAAUGGUGGUAUGCCAAACUUGGAUGAUUUGAUGAAUAACCCAGCUAUCAGAGACAUGGCUGGUAGUCUGUUUGGUGGUGCUAAUGGUGGUAACCAAAGUCCUGCCAAAGAAGACGAGCAAAAAUAG